AUGUUAAAAACAAAUCAAGAUACAAUGAUAUUCUCAGAAUGGUUAUCAAAGAAUCAAAACAAAUCUCAUUAUAUUUGGCUAUCUGGAUUGUUUAAUUAUUACAAUAUUGGCACAGAAGGAAAUAGAUGUAAGGCUUUUGAAUUGUUUUCAAAAGCAUCAGAAAAAAAUUGUUCGAUUGCGCAAGUUUAUCUUGCAAAAUGCUAUAAUGAUGAAAAAAAAUUGAAUUUGGCUUUUAAAUAUUAUAAAGAAUCGGAAAAAAAUGGAAGUAAUAUUGGACGAUAUUAUUUGGCAAAAUGCUAUCAAUUCGGCAUUGGGACCAGAAAAGAUCAUGCAAUGAUGUUUGAAUUAUAUCAAUUAGCAGCUGAAAACGAAAAUAGUGCAGCCCAAAAUGACCUUGGAUUAUUAUAUGAACCUGAUAACGGUUAUGUAUGUGCAAUAUUUCGGAUUGGUCAUUGUUAUGACAAUGGAAUUGGAACAUAUAUUAGUAAAAAUGAAGCAAAGCAGUUAUAUUGUAAUGCGGCUAAAAAUGAAAGUAAUAUAGUUAAGAACUGCUUUACUUCAUUAUAUGAAAAUGGUCAAGGUAUAGAAAAAGCAAUUUAUUGGCAUCAUAAAGCAGCAAAAAGAAAAGUAAAUAAGGUAGUCCAAUAUAAUAUGGGCCGUUGCUGUAGAUUCGGGAAUUGUGUUGAAAAAGACGCUAAAGCUUGUGUAUUUAAUAAUGGAUACAUUUUAGCUCAAUAUUAUCUUUGUUAUUUAUAUGAAAAAAUAAAAAAAGACUUGAAACAAACAAUUUAUUGGUAUAAUAAAGCAGCAGAUAUAAGAUUGUAUAAUAUAGUUUAA